AUGGCCUCGCGUUCGAAUCUUUCUCCUCCAAGAACAACGGCGUCGCCGACGAUCCCUAAUGGCAACCAUCACCAUCCAUCUACUUUCAAAAACGGCCCCAAAUCUUUCCAGGGCUUCGACGAUCCUCCGCCGAAUGCUCUUACAUUGGCAAUGUCGCCCCGGUUCGCCGAAGCUGGAGUUAAGGAACAUUCAAAUAUCGAACCUGAUAUGCUUAAAGACUGGCCACCUUUGACACCUCAGCCUACGGAAUGGAGAACGCUCGGUGAUCCGGAGGUCCACGAUGGUUUCCUGAAUCCGUACUCAUUCACUUUCACUCCGCUUCAUGAUCCUCUUCACAGGCAUGGAGACCUCUUACUUCCACAUGACCCUUUUUUCGACAACUGGUUGAUCAUGGGAAUGGGACCAGAAUUCCCCGAGCAUACGAAAGUAGUACCGAGCUUUGCGUCCCCACCAGGAGAACCUGUGAAUUCCAUGAUUGACAAUGAAGCCAUCGCCUACAAAGAGCCAGUUGAACAGGCCUCUGAUCGGGAUGAAAUCCGCGAUUCCAUACUGGGGAAACGCCCAAGAGCUGAACCAACAAGAGAAGUUGAUCAUCUACUCCAGCAAGGACCCAAGCGAUCCGAGCGGACAUCUCCUCGAGAUACGUUGGUUGAUUUGUCCAACGUUGAUAUGAAUACGUUGGUUGAUUUGUGCAACGUUGAUAUGAAUGAUGUCAGGAAUAUUCGUGGCUUCGCGCUGUCGCUGAUGAGACUUCAGAAUCUGCAAGAUAGUGAAGAUGCAAAAAUUACUCAACACUACGAACAACGCAUCAGAAGACAGUUGGAGCAGAUCACUCUCCCCAGUCGUAUACUGCAGAGGGCACACUGCAACAGCCUACCGAUCACAAUCUACGAAAUCCCUUCAGCAACUGCGAAAGACGCGUUCACAUACCAGAUCAGACCAAACAAAUCCCUGAUCAAACCAAAUGAUAAGAAUUCAAAACCAAAGAACAAAAAUUCAAGACCAAAGCAUGAGAAGUUACCACCCCCGGAAUACAUUAAUCGCCGAACUAUCAAAAUCUUCCAAGAUGUUAAUCUUUACUCCAAUUUUUUCAGGUCAGGUGGCCUAGAUGAAACGAUGUUAGGGGUGACGGGGAGUACACAUGAAGAGUUCAUGAAAUGGCUUUUCACACUUUUGUUCGAAAAAACUGAGCGUACCUGGCCACUACUUGGUCAAGUCACAUGCGAAUAUAUGCCGACUGAUUUUGACCAGUUCUUCCAUAGCAAAGCUCAGGAAUGUCUAGUCAAUCUACUUACCUCCGACAAACCACUUGAAAUGCGAAGGACCUUGAUUGCUACGAGCGAUUUGAUGGGUUAUUAUUACGAAGAAGUUGCCUCUGGCAUCUACCACACCGACACUUGGGGAACCAGUGCUCACCUUCCCACACGCUUCAGCGCGAAAUCUUACAAAAAAGAAGUUGUUGCGGCAAUAAUUAAAAACUAUCACAAGAAAAUAGCAGAACUGCAAAAGGUCCUACAUCAUUAA